GGGCGUGACCAGACCGGGUUGAGACUCGAGCGGCCGAGCCUGCAAGUCCGAAGGCGAGAGGGCUCUAGGGCGGCGGCCUGAAGACGCGAGCGGUGCCGGCGGAGAAUUGAACAGGUCGAGGGUCCAGGGUGUCGGAGAGGAGAUAGCGCCGGGCUGGGACUCGAGCUGCGGCGGCGCAGACCUGACCGGGUCGAGGCGACGAGGCACCCAAGGUGGCGGCGAGCGGCACACUCGGACUCGGGCGGCGCCGGCGCGCACCUGACCGGGUCGAGGCGACGAGGCAUCCAAGGCGGCGGCGAGCGGCACACUCGGACUCGAGCGGCGCCGGCGCGCACCUGACCGGGUCGAGGCGACGAGGCAUCCAAGGCGGCGGCGAGCGGCACACUCGGACUCGAGCGGCGCCGGUGCGCACCUGACCAGCUCGAGGCGACGAGGGUUCCAGGCGGAAGCGAGCACUGGAGCAACCGCGCGAAAAAAGGCUAUCGCUUGGCAUCAUGGGAGGGUCUAAGUUGGGGGUCGAGGCCUCGCGACAUUUGACAAGGGUUUGGCGAGAAAUCGAACCUGUGCUCUGGCUUGGAGCAACUGCUGGCUUGUGUUGGGCAGCGUGGAGGUACUACCGAUACCGUGCCUGCCUAUGCAGCUUCGGCCGGAAGAUGGGGGGAUCAUCGGAGGGCGAGGGCGAUCCAGUGAUCGGGCGCGACAAGGAGAUCGACCGGGUCAUAUGCAUUCUCUGCCGCCGGAGCAAGAACUGCGCCGCGCUCGUCGGGGAGGCAGGGGUCGGCAAGACGGCCAUCAUCGAGGGCCUCGCCCAGCGCAUUGCCAGUGGGAAAGUCCCUGCCAACCUUGCCGGAGCACGUGUGGUGGAGGUCGACCUUGGGGCCAUGCUGGCCGGGACAAGUCUCCGUGGCAUGUUUGAGGAGCGAAUCAAGGAUGUGAUAAAGAGUGCGGAGGCUGGGGAUGGCAAGGUGAUCCUGUUCAUCGACGAGAUGCACAUGCUUCUUGGUGCUGGUGAUGUUGUCGGUGGCACGGAUGCCGCCAACCUGCUGAAGCCGGCGCUGGCCCGUGGCCGCAUCCGCUGCGUGGGCGCCACCACUCUCAAAGAGUACCACAGGUACAUUCAGACGGAUGCCGCACUCGAGCGGCGAUUCCAAAAGGUUCAUGUUAAGGAGCCGAGCGUGCAGGCGACCGUCACCAUUCUGCAGGGGCUUAAACAGCGGUACCAAGACCACCAUGUCUUGGAAAUUCAGGAUGCUGCUCUGGUUGCUGCCGCAGAGCUUGCUGGCCGCUAUAUCACUGAUCGCCAGUUUCCUGACAAGGCAAUUGAUCUGAUCGAUGAGGCAUGCGCUACCACAAGGAUGCUGGUUGACAGCGAAAGUGAAGCAACUGGCACCAGGACGCAGAGUUACAACAAAAAAGAAGUGACUGCACAAAGUAGAUCCAUAAAAGCAGUGAAGAAAGGAAUUGUUGGUCCGAGUCAGGUCGCACAGGUUGUGAGCCUGUGGACUGGAAUUCCUGUCGCUGCUAUUGAUCAAGGGGAGAAGGAGAAACUACUACACUUAGCAGAAAAAUUGCAUGAGCGAGUUGUUGGCCAGGACGAGGCGGUCAAUUUGGUUGCACAGACGGUCCUACGUUCCAGAGUCGGCCUUGAUCAGCCGGGCCAACCAAUAGGUUCUUUCCUCUUUUUGGGCUCGACUGGUGUUGGAAAGACAGAGCUUGCAAAAGCUCUUGCCGAGCAGCUAUUUGACAAUGAAAAUAUGUUGGUUCGCUUUGACAUGUCCGAAUACGGUACGAAGGGAUCUGUGUUGCGCCUCAUCGGAGCACCUCCAAGCUAUUUUGGUUAUGACGAUGGAGGACAACUGACUGAAAAAGUCAAGAGUCACCCGUACAGUGUCAUCCUGUUUGAUGAGGUGGAGAAGGCGCAUCGCGAGGUGUACAAUGUUUUUCUUCAACUUCUCGAUGAUGGUUUGUUGACCGAUGGCAAAGGCCGAACAGUAGAUUUCAAAAACACCAUCAUCAUUAUGACCUCAAAUCUUGGGUCAAAGCACCUUGCAGCAGGAAUGGUUGGGAAGAACACAAUGCAAGAAACACACAAGCUUGUCAUGAAAGAGGUUUGGAAACGCUUCAAGCCCGAGCUUCUCAACAGGCUGAGUGAGAUUGUGAUAUUUGAGCCGCUUUCACACGACAAACUGAAGGAGAUUGUGAAAAUCCAGAUGAAGAACGCUGUUGCCAGAGUAGCAAAGAAGGGCAUCUCUCUACACGCGAGUGAUGCUGCAUUGGACGUUAUCUUGUCAGAGUCAUACGAGCCAAUGUACGGUGCAAGGCCUAUUAGAAGGUGGAUACAGAAGAAUGUGAUGAACACCAUCUGUGAGAUGCUUGUCAAAGGAGAAGCCGGCGAAGGCUCAACAAUCUCCAUUGAUGCCACCGACCACAACAAGGGGCUCAAGUAUGAAGUGGUGAAGAAGGCGGCAGAUCCUUCCGGCACCAUCUUGGUCCCAGCACCAGAGCCUCUUGCUUGCCCCGACGAGGAAAGCGAUGAUUCGGUCAUGGUCACUUCAUUAACAAAGUGUCUUGGAUAGUGAGUAGGACACCCCUGAAAACCAAGCUGGAUGCUGAAACUGUUUCUGUUAGGAGACGCCCUGCGUCGUUGUGUCUUUUGUCCAUUUUGAGAAAAUAGUAGUACUAGUAGAUCCCUGCAUCUGCACCCGAGUGCGUCAACAGUAUGUUCAGAAAAAAUAGCAAGCAAAUUCAAAAAAAGAUCUGAUAUUUUGUGA